CCCUUGCACAAACGCAGGACUCGAUGGUGACGCUGGCAGGAGCAAAGGCCUUCAGAUGCAGCUGUCGACGUUGCAGAGAAGCACUCUGUUUGAUUGCUCAAAGGGGUUCAGAUGGAGGCUAUUGAGCUUGUCUGAGUUUGUGUGUCUAGACAUCGCAAACUUGUUGAAGUACAAUGAGAUCUGUCGGUUGCAACCUUUUGACUUGCGCCGACUUGUGCAUAGCCCGAACGCGAGUAGCCAUUCGACAGGCUCAAGAAACUUGGCGGUCACGACAGAGCGGCGGGCAGACAAGGCCCCAAAAUGUGGCGGACACUGCAUCGAUAGACCAUGGCCGGUGAUGCCGACGAACAGACUGAGACUCAGAAGGAAGUCGAUGAGGAAGGGAGGAUCUGUCCAGCGUCCACAUGACGUCUGCGCUAUCGAACAAGAGCUGUCGCGUUCGAUUGCCACUCGUCGAAUCGCUUGACAAUGAGAGUGCUCUCGAGGGAUGAAGCGCAGGUACUGCCCGUGAGCACGGUCACCACGAGUGCGCCGCUCAGGCGAUCAGCGAAUCCGUGGAAACGACGAGCAGCCGGCAUCGCCAGCGAGUCGCCAUCCGAAAGGAUUCGACGCCAGAGCUGUCUUUUGCUCAACAAGCUAGCUUCUCAGAACUUUGGGAGCAUCUCAACCCACAUCAUCGAUCUCUCAGCCGAGUGUCUGGCUCAAGUGCUCGAUUUGGUACUCGACAAAGCAUGCGAUGAGCAUCAGUAUAGCGCCUUGUUCGCGCGACUCGUUCGGCGCCUUGCAGAUCGGCAUCCGGCCAUCACGUGCCCCGAUGAGGUCCUCAGCAUAGAGCGUAUAUGUACUCGUCGGCUCCACGAAAGUCAGAACACGCUCGAGAGUAUGCGAAAGUGGAAGCCGAUCAUGUUCUCAGACGCCUACUACUCACUGCAGAAAGCAAGGCGACACUACUUUGGUCUGAUCAUCUUCAUCGUCGAGCUCUACAAGACCGAGCUUGUAGAUAAAAGCUUUUUGUAUGAUUGCGCCGUCCGCAUGCGGCCCGCACAGCAAGAUCUGGCUGAAUACAGAGUCGAGGCUACGUGUCGAUUUUUGACGCACCUACUGGCUCUGAAGCUGCCCAUCGAGGACCUCCUGGUCCCACUGCAAUCACACUCCUCUACCAUUCUACCUGUCAGACUAAAAUGCAUGAUUGAGGACAUUUGCGAUGCCGCCACACAACCAUGAUCUAAUACUCUACAAGACCCCUUCACAAGCAUAGAAACAAUGUCACCCUCAGUGUCUUCUCGUCAUCACAUUCUGGCCGUCGGCGCCUGCCCGGCAUGUGCUGUCGAAGUAGUCACUGGCCAGAUGAUGUGUCGCGAUCUCGAGCGACUUUGCCAUGGCCAGCGAUUGUUGGGAAUCGAUCUUGGCAAUUCGUGCAGAGUAGGGAUGAGGAUCCAGCCAAUGUCGGCGAACCCCAUGACGACGCGCGCC